UCUUCUCAAUAAGCCAACCGAUAUUUUUAGCCUUAUUAUUAGUGAAAAGCUAUAAAAUAAGCAUAUCCUCUUUCCCUCCUCUCAACCCAUUUUGAAAGCUUCUCCCCUCUCUGAUGACCAAUACGAAACUAACCAUCGCCGCCAAUGGCGACGCUGUCACCACCACCAUAGAAGAAAUUCAUUCUGAUAUUCUUAUUCAAGCCCUCUGCCACCUCGACGGCCAAUCCCUCGCUUCAGCAAGCUGCGCGACAUCUCAACUCCGUUUUGUCUCCUCCCACCCCGACUUGUGGCGCCACCUCUGCCUCUCCACUUGGCCAUCCCUAUACCACGUUCGCAUCCUCCCUCUCGUGAGUUCUUCACCCAGUCGCUUCUUUUCCGACGCCUUUUCCUUCCCCGCCUCCGUCUCGCUAGGCAACGACAACGACCUCCCUGACGAACUCAUAUCUGCCGUCGAUCUCUACCAUCGUGGCAUCCCAAUAUUUUCCUGUGUCGUCGAGACUGAUACCUCCUCUGCUUGGUUCCGUGCCUCCCCCUUCCUAAUUGAUGCACAACUGGAAGGGUCGGAGAUAUCACCUGAAGAUCUCACAUUGAGCUGGAUUGUUAUAGACCCAUCGAAGAAGCGAGCGGUUAACUUAUCGAGCCGUAGGGCGAUGGAGGUGAGAAAGAGGCCAUGGUGCGUAGGGGAGACAGUGGCACGGUUUACGACGGUGAUGGAUGGGUGGGCAGUUGGGCCGGUG